AGCAAAGAUGAGAAGAGAUAGAGACGUUGCAGCAUGACAUGUCCCGUCUCAUGCAAGGUCUAUAGGGUUUCUUGUCCUUGCCAAUUUGAUCCGAAGAAAGCAGACUAAGGCACACCAAGAGGACGUUUUGUUUCUGGAAAAAUUACACUUGACUUAAGAGAUCCGACUCAAGUGAUCCGGAAAGACAUCUCUUUAAGGAGAGUCUAACCACGAAACAAGUUGAUGUGAGCCUAGCUUGCUGAAUAAUGCGGAGGGAUUUGUCAAGAUUCAAGAGCGUCAGCUGUGUCCUCGCCUUGGUCAUGGUGGCAACUAUUGUUUCCUUCAAGGAACUUAUUUCACCUACUCCAUUUUCAAAACAAUAUAGGAAACAUUUGGAAACUGGAGACAUGCCGGAAGACCUGCGAGGACUGCGACUGACGAACCAGACUCAGAAGACGAAGAUAUUUUCCACGCAUUUCGAUGUAGCCGAAAGGGAUUCUGGCCUAUGGCUGGAAUUCCCACUGACCGACGAGCAGUGCAGAAACGUGACAUUUGUGACCGUGACAAAUCGUGGACGAUUGGGCAAUAUGAUCGGCGAGUAUGCCAGCGUCUUCUCAUACGGCAUGGAGUACGGGAAGAUCCCCGUGCUCAGCGGCAAUCUCUUGGAGAGCCUGCUGCCCCUCUUCCCCCAUCUCAGCCUGAGGAGAGAGAACGAGACGGGAUGUUCCCCCAGGAAUUGGACCGAGAUGGGAAUUCCCCCAGGGAACGACCCACGUUUCGUUAGAGACAAUGAUAUUUUCCUCCCUGGCUUCCCGAACUAUAGUAAGCUUCACCACAAAUUCAGGAGGGAAUGGAUGCCAGAUUUCCGGUUCGAUUCAAAACUGGUGCAACGUACGGAAUCCUUCUUUCCGUCGUUGUCUGUAACAUACGGAGGAGACUCGACAUUCAUCGGAAUUCACGUUCGUCGCACAGAUCAGAUUGCGUACAAUAAAGAGAAACAUGAAGCAGGAACUGUGUCUGCGGGGUAUUACAAGAGAGCAAUGGAACACUUUGGUCUGAUUUUCUCUAAGGUUGUCUUCGUCCUGGCGAGUGACGACCUGAAAUGGAGUAGGGAAAACGUGGAAAACGUAGAUGAAAAUAUGCCAAUUGUGUUUGUGGAAGGAAAAGACAGGGACUUCGACUUCACGGUCCUCUCUCAUUGCAAUCACAGCAUCGUGUCUGUCGGGACGUUCGGUUUCUUCGCGGCAUAUUUCUCUGGAGGCCUCGUGAUCGCCCCAAAGAUCAUUUCGAAGAGCCCUCUAGCCAUCGAACACCUGGUAUCUCAUGCUGGACUAGACAAUUGGAUUUUCAUCCCAAAUUGA